CAUGCUCUGAGCACGUCGAGGGAGGGAUUCCCUUGUGGUAGAGACACUUUUUUUGUGUGUGUGAAAAGCACCACCACUACUACUGUUGCCACGCGUCCGGCGCAGUGGCAUGGUGAUCCCCUGGUGCCUUCAAUUCCCUGAUGUGCCAGCCAAAGUCCAUGCCAGCAGGGUGUGAGAUGGCACUUGAUGGCCUCCAAUGGAGCUGAAGACAAGUUGAAUACAAGGGCCUCCUGCUCUCAGUCAUCAAACCUCAUUAUUCGAGCCAAGUCAGCAGUGUUUCAUACUGCUGACAGUCACACUAGGCCCUUCAGCUCGCAUGAGAAGAAGACCCUUCAGUCCUGUGCCAGAGUCCCCCAGGUCACCAGUGACUCUAUAGGUCAGCUGAAUGCAAGGGUGGGUCAGACUCAGAAGAACCAGCUCCAUACUGCCUCAGGGACCCCUCUACAACGUGCCUUCAACCGUUCUGUGCCUGCUGCCACUUACCUAGCUAACAAGCCACAGCGUGCUGGUAGCGCAGGUGCUAAUUUAGCACGUGGUCAUAGUAAUGGUCACUGUCAACCGACUGUUCUCUCUAAGAGUACACAGAUAUCCAGUGCUGACAUUAUCUCAUACAGACAUAACCCUGGUGUUUUGGAGCCAACCGUAAACAGCUAUCGGCACAGCUUAGACUCACUAAAGUUAAGAUCACGGAUCCUGGCCCGCAAAAGAGCCUUGUCGCCCCAGCCUGCUCAUUAUCCAACGUGUCCCAGUCCACCGAAGGCAGAACGUGUCCCAGACGCGCAGAACAACGCAGCGUCACAGCCUGCUGAAAGCACCACCACCAGCAUGCCCACCAACCAGUCAGUCCCCUGGACCAGUGGCAAGCUGAGAGACAAUAGCAAAGGGUUUAUGAGGCCCACUAUGGGUAAAGUGCCUUCCUGUUCUAGACAGGAGACUACCCAGACAAGAGACUCAGCAAAACUUUUGUCCCCCCAGACCAAAUCGGCCUCCUAUUGCCGUAGGGGGGACAAUGGGGAUGGCAAUACCCAGACUAAGUUCACACACCACCCCCACAACACUGUGCCUUUGCAGGAUAGGUCAUCCCACCGCCAGGAUGUGUCACUGGAUCAGACAUGGAGGCUCCAGGACCCGCAUCAGUUUGAGAGCCCGAUGGCAGCAGACACGGACGGUCACUCCCAGAGGCUGGGCUUUUGUGCCGCUGUCCACGAAGCUCCUAGAGCUCCUCAUAACACAUCAACAGAGAGGAUCAGGAAGGUCAACUCCGAGGUGGAGUUUACUGAGGCCGUGAGGAAGAUGACACAGUCACGGAGCGCACUCACCCUUCAUCCCAGGAACGGGACUGUUAUUAGUUUUACUACUGGAACACCAGGGUCCAACGUGGAUCCAGUCCAGCUGGGCAAAGCAAUGACUAAUAGCCCUGUCAUCUCUGUCAGCCACAGCCUUGCUCCAGCAAAACCCUCUGUACCACUCUGCCUUACUAUGAGAGACCAGCCUGUGUUCAUGGAGACAUCCAGUGCCUCUGGCCUCGACAGUAACGCCACAACAAACAGUAGUAGCACAACAGCCUCCAUGGCACCUCUACCCCACGCAGGGAUAACUCCAACCCAAUCCCCUACCCAGGCCAGUGCCACAGCUAGUUCUACUGCAGGGAUAACUCCGACCCAGGCCAGUGCCACAGCUAGUUCUGGUGUAGGGAUAACUCCAACCCAGUCCUUUACCCAGGCCAGUGCCACGGCUAGUUCUACUGCAGGGAUAACUCCAACCCAGUCCCUUACCCAGGCCCCUGCCACAGCUAGUUCUGGUGUAGGGAUAACUCCGACCCAGGCCAGUGCCACAGCUAGUUCUGGUGUAGGGAUAACUCCGACCCAGUCCCCUACCCAGGUCAGUGCCACAGCUAGUUCUACUGCAGGGAUAACUCCGACCCAGUCCUUUACCCAGGCCACUGCCACAGCUAGUUCUGGUGUAGGGAUAACUCCGACCCAAUCCCCUACCCAGGCCAGUGCCACAGCUAGUUCUGGUGUAGGGAUAACUCCGACCCAGUCCUAUACCCAGGCCAGUUUCACAGCUAGUUCUGGUGUAGGGAUAACUCCGACCCAAUCCCCUACCCAGGCCAGUGCCACAGCUAGUUCUGGUGUAGGGAUAACUCCGACCCAGUCCUAUAGCCAGGCCAGUGCCACAGCUAGUUCUGGUGUAGGGAUAACUCCGACCCAGUCCUAUAGCCAGGCCAGUGCCACAGCUAGUUCUGGUGCUAGUUCCAUCCCAGAGAACACUGAGAUGGGUUCUGAGUCCGCCUCAGGUUCUUCUCAGAGUCAGAGGCCUUCUGUCACCUCGGUGACCACCCAGAUAUCAGCCAUACACCUGACCAAGGAGAGGAGUGUCCUGUCUCUACAGGGGGGCCACAGCCCCUCCCAGUCCCCACCUGGCCUGGGGGAGGAACAGCAGCCUGAGUCGCCUCAGCUCCUCAGUCCACAGAGUGUUACCAUGCAGGAGGAUGGAGACAGAGGGGAAGAGGACUAUCCUGAUGAUGAGCUGGAGAAUGACUGCAGUGGUGGUGAUGAUGAUGAUGAAGGGUCUGACUGCUCCUCUAUGAAUGAUGCCUCGUCCACAGCCUCCAUACCCGUUCUGCCAAAUAUAACGGAUGAGGAGGUGAUGAGCCCUGAGUUAGAGGUGAAGCCUGCUCUGAUCCCCAGCAUGUUCCCUCUCAUCCCCCCCACACUGUACUUCAGCACUGCCAACCAGAGAGUGGAGUCCCUGCCACCAGAACAGAGGAAGCUGCUCAAAUGGAAGAUGAGUACUGUGACUCCCAACAUCGUCAAACACACCAUCGCCAGGUCACACUUUAAAGUCACCAAGAAAAGUCAUGAUUGGCUUGGCUGCUGGGGUCACCAUAUGAAGUCCCCUGGGUUCAAGGCCAUCAGGGAAUACCAGAAGUUGAACCACUUCCCCGGCUCGUUCCAGAUCGGUCGUAAAGACCGCCUGUGGAGGAACCUGUCUAAGAUGCAGGCUCAGUUUGGUAAGAGGGAAUUCAGCUUCUUCCCUCGCUCCUUCGUUCUUCCUCAGGACAUCAAGCUGCUGAGGAAAGCCUGGGAGGACAGUGGUAGCAGGCAGAAAUGGAUCAUCAAGCCGCCUGCGUCUGCUCGGGGUAUUGGAAUCCAGGUUAUUCACAAGUGGAGUCAGAUGCCAUGCAAGAGACCACUCCUAGUGCAGAAGUAUCUGCACAAGCCCUAUCUCAUCAGCGGGAAUAAGUUUGACCUGCGUAUCUAUGUGUACGUGACGUCUUACGACCCGCUCCGUGUUUACAUCUUCCAAGACGGACUUGUCCGUUUCGCCAGCUGCAAGUAUUCGUCGUCUAUGAAAAGCCUUGGCAACAAGUUCAUGCACCUGACCAACUACAGCGUGAACAAGAAGAACUCAGACUACCAGAGCAAUGACAGUGACAAGGCCUGCCAGGGACACAAGUGGGCUCUGAAGGCGCUGUGGCAUUACCUGGGUUGUAAGGGAGUCAACACUACGCUGAUCUGGGAGAAGAUCAAGGACAUCGUCAUGAAGACCAUCAUUGCGUCUGACCCGUACGUCAACACGUUGGUCAAGCUCCACCUGCGCUCCCCCUACAGCUGUCACGAGCUGUUUGGCUUUGACGUCAUGCUGGACGAGAACCUCAAGCCUUGGGUUCUGGAGGUCAAUAUAUCUCCAAGUCUCCACUCCAACACCGCUCUGGACGUGGCCAUUAAGGGCCAGAUGAUCAGGGAUGUGUUAAACCUGGCGGGUUUCCUUCUGCCUCAGAGAGAAGAGGUGCUUCCCUCCGGCAGCAGCUCCGCCAGCAGUCUGUGUGGAGGGACACGGGAGCGAUCCAGACCUGAGAUUUCAACUGACGAGAAAGUCAAGCGGGCCUUCUACCUGAGCCAGCGCUUCGCAGACCAGGUACAGUCAUGCAGCCGUCUGAAGAGCCAAGGAACUACUGGGAAGUUUCCCAGACAGGAAGUCGACUUCUUCUCCUCCAUCCUGGACGUUAUGACUCCAGAGGACGUGCGUGUCCUGGCUGAGACGGAGGACGAGCUGAGCAGGAAGGGAGAGUUUGAACGAGUGUUCCCGUCCCACUGCUCCUCACGAUACCUGCGCUUCUUCAAACAACCACGCUACCUCAACAUCCUGCUCAACCAGUGGGAGACCAAAUACGGACAGAACAGGAGAGAAGGAGUCCGUGUGCUGAGGAGUCUGUGUCAGAAAGGGGUCCAUCUAGGAACCACAGACGCUGCACAUCUAUGGUCCGAGUCGACCUACGUUCCCAAGUCUGAUCACCUCAGGCAGGAGCCAAGCAGAUCGAGUGUGGUGGUGACUAGGCCCCAGCCAGACCAGGAGGAGUACUGUUUCUCCCAGGAGGUCACCACCUCCCUCCCAGACAUCAGCCUCCUGGGCUCCUCCGCCUCCUCGCCCGGCCUCAGCCUGGCCACCGAGUCGACAGCCAGCGUGCCACCCAGAGAUGAGGAGUUUGAGAGUUAACCUGCCCUCACUGCACCGUAACACUGUUGACUUCCAGAAGGCACAAAACACAUCCCCUCGUUUUGGGGAGGUGUGAUGGAGGGUCAAGGAAACAUGAACCUCUCUCUCUCUGCAUGUUCCUCUUUUCACUACCGUAGUCGGAACUGGACAGGGACAAACAGCUGUAUCUGACGUGAUAAGAUCACUUGAGUUUUCUGAUUGGUUUAUUUUUCUUCAUAAUGUGGAGUGUUAGUGCUGGAUAGGAGGGAGGGGCUUCUCUGGACCGGGUGGACAGACAGCAGCUUUUGGCCAAUCGGCCGAGGAGAAAAUCAAAAGGCUGCCCUGCCUACUUAGAGCCAGUCCAAUCAGAUUCCACUCCUGGGUGUGUUUACAUCAAAUCUAAAUCAAAGUUUAUUGGUACACAGAUUUUGUUAUUGCAGGUGCAGUGAAAUGCUUGUGUUUCUAGCAUUUCAGCCUUGGUUACUAUGGGGUGGGUAUAUAUAUCUGCAUUUCAGCCUUGGUUACUAUGGGGUGGGUAUAUAUAUCUGCAUUUCAGCCUUGGUUACUAUGGGGUGGGUAUAUAUAUAUAUCUGCAUUUCAGCCUUGGUUACUAUGGGGUGGGUAUAUAUAUAUCUGCAUUUCAGCCUUGGUUACUAUGGGGUGGGUAUAUAUAUCUGCAUUUCAGCCUUGGUUACUAUGGGGUGGGUAUAUAUAACUGCAUUUCAGCCUUGGUUACUAUGGGGUGGGUAUAUAUAUAACUGCAUUUCAGCCUUGGUUACUAUGGGGUGGGUAUAUAUAUAUCUGCAUUUCAGCCUUGGUUACUAUGGGGUGGGUAUAUAUAACUGCAUUUCAGCCUUGGUUACUAUGGGGUGGGUAUAUAUAUAACUGCAUUUCAGCCUUGGUUACUAUGGGGUGGGUAUAUAUAUAUAUCUGCAUUUCAGCCUUGGUUACUAUGGGGUGGGUAUAUAUAUAUAUCUGCAUUUCAGCCUUGGUUACUAUGGGGUGGGUAUAUAUAUAUAUCUGCAUUUCAGCCUUGGUUACUAUGGGGUGGGUAUAUAUAUAUCUGCAUUUCAGCCUUGGUUACUAUGGGGUGGGUAUAUAUAACUGCAUUUCAGCCUUGGUUACUAUGGGGUGGGUAUAUAUAACUGCAUUUCAGCCUUGGUUACUAUGGGGUGGGUAUAUAUAUAUAUAUCUGCAUUUCAGCCUUGGUUACUAUGGGGUGGGUAUAUAUAUAACUGCAUUUCAGCCUUGGUUACUAUGGGGUGGGUAUAUAUAUAUAUAACUGCAUUUCAGCCUUGGUUACUAUGGGGUGGGUAUAUAUAUCUGCAUUUCAGCCUUGGUUACUAUGGGGUGGGUAUAUAUAUCUGCAUUUCAGCCUUGGUUACUAUGGGGUGGGUAUAUAUAUAACUGCAUUUCAGCCUUGGUUACUAUGGGGUGGGUAUAUAUAUAUAUCUGCAUUUCAGCCUUGGUUACUAUGGGGUGGGUAUAUAUAUAUCUGCAUUUCAGCCUUGGUUACUAUGGGGUGGGUAUAUAUAUAUCUGCAUUUCAGCCUUGGUUACUAUGGGGUGGGUAUAUAUAUCUGCAUUUCAGCCUUGGUUACUAUGGGGUGGGUAUAUAUAUAUAUCUGCAUUUCAGCCUUGGUUACUAUGGGGUGGGUAUAUAUAUAUAUAUCUGCAUUUCAGCCUUGGUUACUAUGGGGUGGGUAUAUAUAUAUAUAACUGCAUUUCAGCCUUGGUUACUAUGGGGUGGGUAUAUAUAUAUAUAACUGCAUUUCAGCCUUGGUUACUAUGGGGUGGGUAUAUAUAUAACUGCAUUUCAGCCUUGGUUACUAUGGGGUGGGUAUAUAUAUAUAUCUGCAUUUCAGCCUUGGUUACUAUGGGGUGGGUAUAUAUAUCUGCAUUUCAGCCUUGGUUACUAUGGGGUGGGUAUAUAUAUAACUGUAUUUCAGCCUUGGUUACUAUGGGGUGGGUAUAUAUAUAUAUCUGCAUUUCAGCCUUGGUUACUAUGGGGUGGGUAUAUAUAUAUCUGCAUUUCAGCCUUGGUUACUAUGGGGUGGGUAUAUAUAUAUAUCUGCAUUUCAGCCUUGGUUACUAUGGGGUGGGUAUAUAUAUAUAUCUGCAUUUCAGCCUUGGUUACUAUGGGGUGGGUAUAUAUAUAUCUGCAUUUCAGCCUUGGUUACUAUGGGGUGGGUAUAUAUAACUGCAUUUCAGCCUUGGUUACUAUGGGGUGGGUAUAUAUAACUGCAUUUCAGCCUUGGUUACUAUGGGGUGGGUAUAUAUAUAUAUAUCUGCAUUUCAGCCUUGGUUACUAUGGGGUGGGUAUAUAUAUAACUGCAUUUCAGCCUUGGUUACUAUGGGGUGGGUAUAUAUAUAUAUAACUGCAUUUCAGCCUUGGUUACUAUGGGGUGGGUAUAUAUAUCUGCAUUUCAGCCUUGGUUACUAUGGGGUGGGUAUAUAUAUCUGCAUUUCAGCCUUGGUUACUAUGGGGUGGGUAUAUAUAUAACUGCAUUUCAGCCUUGGUUACUAUGGGGUGGGUAUAUAUAUAUAUCUGCAUUUCAGCCUUGGUUACUAUGGGGUGGGUAUAUAUAUAUCUGCAUUUCAGCCUUGGUUACUAUGGGGUGGGUAUAUAUAUAUCUGCAUUUCAGCCUUGGUUACUAUGGGGUGGGUAUAUAUAUCUGCAUUUCAGCCUUGGUUACUAUGGGGUGGGUAUAUAUAUAUAUCUGCAUUUCAGCCUUGGUUACUAUGGGGUGGGUAUAUAUAUAUAUAACUGCAUUUCAGCCUUGGUUACUAUGGGGUGGGUAUAUAUAUAUAUAACUGCAUUUCAGCCUUGGUUACUAUGGGGUGGGUAUAUAUAUAACUGCAUUUCAGCCUUGGUUACUAUGGGGUGGGUAUAUAUAUAUAUCUGCAUUUCAGCCUUGGUUACUAUGGGGUGGGUAUAUAUAUCUGCAUUUCAGCCUUGGUUACUAUGGGGUGGGUAUAUAUAUAACUGUAUUUCAGCCUUGGUUACUAUGGGGUGGGUAUAUAUAUAUCUGCAUUUCAGCCUUGGUUACUAUGGGGUGGGUAUAUAUAUAACUGUAUUUCAGCCUUGGUUACUAUGGGGUGGGUAUAUAUAUAUAUAUCUGCAUUUCAGCCUUGGUUACUAUGGGGUGGGUAUAUAUAUAACUGUAUUUCAGCCUUGGUUACUAUGGGGUGGGUAUAUAUAUAUCUGCAUUUCAGCCUUGGUUACUAUGGGGUGGGUAUAUAUAUCUGCAUUUCAGCCUUGGUUACUAUGGGGUGGGUAUAUAUAUAACUGCAUUUCAGCCUUGGUUACUAUGGGGUGGGUAUAUAUAUCUGCAUUUGGCUGGUCAUUUUACAUAUUAUAAAGCAUAUAUGUAAACAAUUUUUACAAUUUGAAGUUGUAGUAAUAAUUGUUAUGAAUAAAUACUAGUUUUAAAUUGUUCUAUUAGUCCCAGAUUAGGGAAAUAACUGCUCAGGUUCAUGUGUACACAUUAAAACUGAUAUUUGAAGAAUGA